CAAAAUAUUAAUAUUUACGAACAAUCUAAAAACCAAGGCUAAAGCCAAAAACUAAAGACAACAUCCUAGGAUUUAGAUAAAAUUAUGUAGACUGUAGUCCGCUUAUAAUUUAUCUAUCGUCAGUGUUCUCUGUUUUUAUAUAGCCUGUGGUUCAGUUUGAACAAGAAGUCAAGUCAAUUUGACAAAAAAAAAUUAGAAGUUUAGAACUGCAACAUUUUGAGGCGGCGGCUCCAGGAAGCAUUCUUGUGUUUUGUAGUGAAAUAUUUUCUUUUGUAUGAGCGUUUAUUAAAAGUUUAAUUGUAUUGUCUUUUAAAGUAACGUGUCUUUAUUACCAGUUACAAAUGAUGAAAUUAAUCGACCCAGUUGUUCGAAGUUUCAAAGUGGCUAAAGUGUUUCGAGAAAACACAGACAAAAUAAACAGUAUAGACUUUUCUCCUACUGGUGAAACAUUAAUAUCCUGCAGUGAAGAUGAUCAAAUUGUCAUAUACGAUUGUGAAAAAGGCACACAGUUAAUCACUGUAAACAGUAAAAAAUAUGGUGUAGAUCUAAUACAUUUCACACAUGCCAAGAACACUGCCAUACACAGCUCAACAAAGGUUGAUGAUACUAUCAGAUAUUUGUCACUUCACGACAACAAGUACAUAAGAUACUUUCCUGGUCAUACCAAAAAAGUUGUUACUCUUUGUUUGUCACCAGUUGAAGAUGUAUUUCUGUCCGGAUCAUUAGACAAAACAUUGCGCUUGUGGGAUCUUCGCUCUCCUAAUUGCCAAGGCUUAAUGCACUUGUCAGGAAGACCUGUAGCAGCUUAUGACCCAGAAGGCCUUAUAUUUGCUGCAGGAGUUAAUUCAGAAAGUAUCAAACUCUAUGAUUUGAGAUCCUUUGAUAAAGGCCCUUUUGUUACAUUCAAGUUGAAUCAAGAAAAAGAAUGUGAUUGGACUGGAUUAAAAUUUUCACGAGAUGGUAAAACUAUAUUGGUUAGUACAAAUGGAUCUAUCAUUCGACUUGUCGAUGCUUAUCAUGGCACACCUUUGCAGACCUUCACAGGUCACCUUAAUAAUAAAGGAAUACCCAUAGAAGCAUCAUUUAGUCCAGACUCACAGUAUAUCUUCAGUGGCUCAACUGACGGAAGAGUUCAUGUUUGGAAUGCUGAUACAGGCUAUAAAGUGUGUGUUUUAAAUGGUGAUCACCCUGCUCCAAUACAAUGUGUACAAUUUAACCCCAAGUUUAUGAUGCUGGCCUCUGCCUGCACCAAUAUGGCAUUUUGGUUACCUACAUUAGAUGAUGUUUAAAAUUUUAUAUUACUUGUAGUGAAAAUCAGUGUUAUUUGUCAGUGUUUUAAAAACUGAAUAAUUUUUAAAUUAUUUUUAUAAUUAAUGACUCCAUGUUAUAAACAGUUAUUUACUGCAAUUAGGUGAUUACACACAGUUAAUCACUUCAUAAUUUUGUGUUCCAACACAACUUGUUGGAUUUAUAAGUAAAUCGUUUUCAGAUUUACUUUAAAUAUAAAACAUGUUACAAAGUAAUGUCUUUUAUAAAGCUGUCAGUUAAGAAUAAAUGGCAUGGCAUUACUUUUACUGGACUACUUUAUUUCAGAUUUUGAUUCGAUAAUAAUAAAUAGGUCUCCCUUUGUUAAUGAAACAAUUACUUAUUUAAAUAUAGUGAAAAUAAUUUGUAUAACUAGGUUUUUUUAUAAGAUUAACAAUUUUCACAACACAAUACAUGUGAUUUAUGGCAUAAGUAUAUAUAGGUACACCUGUUUUGUUUGGCCAAAAAUUAUGAUUGUUUCUAAUCAAUUUGUUUUUAUCAAAUCAUCAAGAUGUGAUUUAAAAAAACUUGCACUGUUGUUUGCAACAUAUUUUUAAAUAUUUGGCCAAAAUAUACAGAAGUAAACAAAAAUAUCAUGAGACUAGAACUUGUCAUGUACCUAGUAAUUUUAUUCCUAUCUUAAACUAUGACCUACAUAGGUAUGUGAUGUUGAUGUAACUAUUUGGUUAAAAGUGGUUUUAGUAGUCAUCAUCGGGACAUAUUUUCUAAUAGAACUAAAAAGUAUGCAUUUAGUUUUCAUUCCAAAGGAACAUUCAGCUGUAUUAUUGUACCAAGUAGGCAAAUGUAACACCAUGAUUUAUGGAACUCGUGUAAUUGUCAUCAUUUCAAGAAAAAUAAAACAAUACAUAUUAUGAAUUA